GCCUUACUCGCUAUAAAUCUAGUAGUCAGCAUCUCAAGGAAAACGUUCUAUCGGUUCUUGUACGUUUUCACAGGGUAGUCAACUUUGUCUUUGCUCUCUAAAGAAGAAAGUAUUUAGGUUUCUGAGUUCGAGGCAAGAACAUAAACAGAACUUAGAAGAAAUGGAAUCCAAAGACAAGAGUUCCCGAUCGGGAUCUAAGACAAACCUGAACGAGUCUACCUUGCCGCUACUGGAUGAAACCGUGGAUCAAGAGAUCAGCAAAAGAGAGACUCUAGAAAAGGAGAAGAUUGAACUGGAGGUCUGUGGUGAAGAAGAGAAAUUUAAUACAGGCAAAGAAAAGGAAGAUUCAACAGAAAAAGUAGAAGGGGAAGAGCAGAAGAAAGAUAAGAAGAAAAAGAAAGCGAAACCAGCCACAACUCACAAGAGGGCUUUGUCUUGUGGUCAGGAUCUAUCUGUUGGUGUUAACCUUCUGGACCGUGAUGAGAGACACAUCAACGACCACAUUAAUCUGGUUUUCGAAGACGUCCUAGCUGAGCCUGAUGCUACUCACGGGUUUGACGGUGUGUGGCGUGUAGCGAACCUCACGUUUUUUUACACAAGGCAUUGGCUUUACCGUGUCCUAUCAGCAUUGGUGGCGCUCCCUUGUGGACUGAUCUGGGGUAUACUAUUUGCUCUUCUCAGUUUGAUUAAUAUUUGGCUGAUCACACCCGUCCUUCGAACUUUGGAAGUUUUCUUAGCGAUCGUAAAAAGGGUAUGGAGCGGAGUUAUUCGUACUGCACUGGACCCUUUAUUUCAAUCUUGUGGCCUAUGUCUUGGGAAUAUCAGCACGACUGUCACUUCAACCCGUCAAGAAAUACCAUGAAAAGUCUCUAGAGAGCUGGAAACUUUGCCGAAACUUAAAUAAGAAAAUAUUCAUAAUUUUAUACUGUAGUUUAAGCAUUGGUGUUUCUAUUUCAGUCAGAAAAGCUAAGAAUAUCUUGUGAAAAUAUUAAUUAAAUUGGCUUAGAGGCAUACAAUACAUCUUUACUAUGAAGACAAUUGUUACACGGUAAGAUUACCAUUAGUGAGUAAAAUGUCAAGGUAAAUUGUUUUAUUGGUAUCAGCUUCAGUAUUUACCUUGUAAAAGCUUUUAUGAUAAAUACAGUAUUCAUUCAACAAUUUUACCUCAAGCACUGCAACAAAUCAAUACUUCCAGUAUAAAUAUAUUUUUAUAGUGAAUUUCUAAAUUGAAGAAACCCAGUUUUUAUUUCUGUUAAAAAAAAUAUAAUAUUCCUCAUCCACAAAACAUUGAUUGUCAUUUUACUCCUUUGGAAACAUGCAGUCAUUCUUGAUUUCAUGUUUUGACUCCUUUGGAAACAUACAGUCAUUCUUGAUUUCAUGUUUUGACUCCUUUGGAAACAUGCAGUCAUUCUUGAUUUCAUGUUUUGACUCCUUUGGAAACAUGCAGUCAUUCUUGAUUUCAUGUUUUGCAUUUUUGCGUCCAGCGGAAGAUCCGAUAUUUUUACGUGACACUUCCCGUAAUACUUGUGAAAAUCACAAGUAAUUUUAUGUGAAGCUUUAUUAACUAAACUUAUGUCUUUUUUUUUAUUGAUAAUUUGAAAAUUGUAUUGUUUGAACUUCGUCAAAUUCGUGGGUAUAUCUUGUACUUUAGCGACAAUAGAGGUAAGUACUUCAAUAGAAUUAUCGUUAUUUACUACGUUUCAGAUAAUUUUGUUUAGUACAGCGCUGAUGUUCUUUAAGAUGUCACAAUAAUUACCUUAGUGUGCAAGCUCUUUUUCAUUACUCGUUUGAUAUAUUUCAAAGCUUUUUUCGCUUUGUAAGGUCAUUUUUAUGUGAAGAAAUAAAUUUGAGAUUUUAAUAAUA